AUGAAAAUCAGCGAUAUUCUUAAUGAAUCCAAAUUAAAUGAAAAUUUGAAAGCAAAGAAAAAUGCUUUGGGGUUGGGCAUAGAAAAAGGGAAGAUGGAAAUGGUAGUAAGUGACAAUGUGUUGGAAGAAUUCGAAAUAAAAAGUAAGAUGAGAAAAGUAUGUUUGGGGAUACCAACGAAAGAUUUAGAUGUUAGAAAUAUUUUGAGAUUACUAAAAGAACCCAUUUGUUUAUUUGGUGAGGAUAGCUAUGAUAAGAGAAAAAGGUUAAAAAGUGUAUUAGUAACAAAAUAUGAUAAAUAUAUUAUAAAAAAAUAUAACGACAACAUUGAUGAAGUGGAAGAAUUUAAAAACAUUUUAAAAAGGUAUUACAUAGAUUUUAGUAAAUUGUAUGAUGUAAAUUCACCUGAAUAUUUAAAAAUCAAUGAAUUGGAAGAACAGCUAGGAACUAAACGAUUGAAACAGCAAAGUAUAGCGGCGAAAGGUAUUAGUGUAAGGAGUACAAUAAAGGAAAAAUUUUACACAGAGAGUACCGAAGAACUUAAAAUAGCUCGUUUAGAUUUAACAUUAAAAACUCUGCCUAGAAUAUUAUUACACAAAGAAAUGAUAAAUAAAUUCCAAAAUAAAUAUUCAAAAGGUGAUUUUGAAAAGUAUAUUUCAUCUUACAAUGAACAUAUGAAAAAUGAAUUUGAUUUAUAUAUCUCUCAACUAGGGGAUGAUAGACCAUUAACUAUGGGGAAAUUUUCACCUGACAAUAGUGUCUUUGCAGUGAGUAGUUAUAAUACGUAUAUAAACAUAUUUAAUUAUCAAAAUGAUAAUUAUAAUAUUGUGAAAACUCUAAAAAAUGGACAUGAUGAUAAGAUAAAUUGUAUAGAUUGGAACUACCCCAAUAAUUAUUCCUAUUAUAGUACAUUCAAUUAUAAGGAUGUAAGAAAGAAGGAUUUAAUAUUAGCUUCAUGUUCGUCUGAUAAGACUUUCUGUUUGUGGAGACCUUUCACAAAAGAUGAACUUGAUGACACAACAAUUUCACAUAAAGAUUCUCGUACACAGGCGGACGUAAGAAAAAAGGGAGAAAAAAAUACUCGACCCGGAAAUGAAUACAGUGAUAAUGAUCGAGUGGAUGAAAAUGACGAGGAUUCCAAAAAUACAAAUCGUAAUAAUAAGCAGAAGGGAGAGACAAAAAAGGAUAACAGCAGCAACAAGCAUUUGCUGUGUAAAGUGAAAGCACACGAUGAUAGAAUAAAUAAAAUAUCAUUUCACCCGUUAAACAAACAUGUAUUAACAUGCUCAGAAGAUGAAACUAUAAAAUUUUUCGAUAUCGAAACACAAGAAGAAUUGUUUUAUCAAGAAGGUCAUAACACGGUAGUAUAUACAGCUACGUUUAAUCCAUAUGGAAAUUUAUAUCUCUCAGGCGAUUCUAAAGGGGGGUUAAUGCUAUGGGACAUAAGAACAGGAAAAAAUAUUGACAAAAAAAAAAUGGUUCAUAAUAAUUGUAUAAUGAAUAUAAACUUUAAUCCCUUUAUGCCUAACAUGUUUUGUACAUGUUCAGCUGAUAAUACUAUUAAAAUAUUUGACAUGCGAAAUUUCACAAUUUCUUGCAAUAUACUUGCACACAAUAAAAUUGUAACGGAUGCAGUUUUUGAACCAACAUAUGGUAGAUACAUAGCAUCUAGUUCUUUUGAUACGUAUAUCAAAAUAUGGAAUUCUGUGAAUUUUUACUGUACCAAAAUUUUAUACAAUAAUGAUAAUAAGGUGAGGAAUGUUGAUAUAUCCCCUGAUGGAAACUUCAUAUCAUCCACCUCUUUUGAUAGGACUUGGAAAUUAUAUAAGAAUACUGAAUUCCCGAAAGAUAAUAUUCUCUCCCAUUUUUUCUGA